AUGUAUCUUAAUCGAGUCUGCAAAGAGGACUUUAAGCUGUCUUGGCUUCCCUGCAAAAGUGAAGUCAUUUUGCCUGAGUUAACUAUUGAAAGUGGACCAGCUGGAAAUACAUUGGUUUUCCUUUUGCAAACCCCUAAUAGCACCGGUUUAACGUUUUUGCCUGUUUCUUUACGGGGUAUUUACGUUGUACCACCUGAUGAUAAUGCUGUUCCUACUAUUCAAAGUUCAACUUUGAUAAGUUGUUUGGAAUCUGCUGGUGGGUGUAAAGAUUCCUACUCCUCGCAUAUUACGAUUGAAGCAGGUAUACCAAUGGCUCACUCAGCAUCGGUGAAGGGUCUCACUGGUGAAGUUAAUGGUAUUUCACUUGAUACUGAUCACAGUUCGUCACCACGAUCAUCUGAAGACUCUGUUCGCAUCUUAAAGUCAUCUUCAGAUUUUCAAGAUAAAGACGAAGUGUCAACAGAAGGAAAAAGAAUUGUGCGUUUUGAUCCGCAUGAAAAAUUGGAAGGUAGAUCUUGGUCUGCUGUCCAAGGAAAUGGUGUAGCAGAUCUUUUGAAAGAGUUAGAGGCGGGCAGUUCGGGUACGUUGGAUCGUGAAAGGAGCCUUGUUAGCGAAACAAGCAGUCGGUCUAGCACUGAAGAGGGCACUUCAUUAUCGAGUUUACCAUGUUUCGUUAGUACUCUGGACGAGGACGUCACAAGAGCCAAGGAAAAGGAGGAGAGCUCAUCAGAUAGAUAUGAUGAACAUCACAUAUCCAGCCCCGCAGGCAAUGAAGAAAGUGGCUCCCUUGAGGAGCAUACAACUUUUGAACCAGAUUUGCGAAGACGGCACACCCAAGUUGGCGAAGGAAAUUCAUGCAGUCACGUAGUGUCUAAUUCUGAUAACGUUGACAAGGACCUGCAUGAAAGUUCCGAGGCUGAUUUGGAAAAGAUAUCCGGUAAUUCAGAGCAGAUGAAGGAGAGGGGUAUUACUGAAACUAAUGACGGAGAUAACAAGAGUGUGACAGAUGCUGGGGAAGAGGCUCGAGCAGAAGCGGCGGUAAAGGUUGGUAAAGCGAAUGAUGGACUUAGUAGCGAUGACUCUAGCAGUUCAACGAAGUGUGCAAAAGAGUUUGGUAUAGAUACUGAGGCGGGGUCGACUGGGAUGACUCCAUUAAUCACUCCAAGCAUGGUGGAAUUUUUUGCCACUGCUAGAGGUAUUUAUACUUUACAAGGUUGCGAAACACCAUACAUGGAGCAGAUGGAGUGGAGUAGAGAUGACUACAUCCCUAAAACGCCAGGUUUUUUCACACCCACAAGCGAUAGUUUCAACAAGGAACGCGUUUCGGAUAGUCCACUCCCUCGUAAAGGCGCGAAAAAUCUGUUUGGGACAUCUGUUAAAAGUCCAACAGCUCUUGAAAGCUGUGUUGUCACGAAUGAAUGUAGGAUCCUGGCUGCAGUACAUGGUGAACCGUCAGUUGGUGAUCGCAGUUUUGUAGUUACUGAUGCUGCGGAACAAAUCUGCGCUAGUGGCGGAACUGGUUCUGGCCGUGAAUCGGAUUCUUUUCCACUAGCUAAUGAGGAACGCCGAGAGAGUGAUGUUGUGGAAAAUGAUUUGGAAAACGAUGGUCAACCUUGCUGCUCCAAAGAUAAGGACGAUGAAAGAAGCAGUGAUGAAGAGAAGAGAAGAAGCACAGUUAAGCGUGGAAGGAAAAGAAAGAGGAGGGAUAAGUUUUUGACCGGUUUGAAAGGCAUGAUGGACCGAUCACAUCGAGAAAAACAGUUCAAGGCUCUCAGCAAAGUUAUAUUGGGGGAUUUCAAGCAGCAAAUGUUUAUGCAUCAAGAUAAAAUUCGUGCUGUUCAGUAUUUAAUAAAUUCUGAAGAGCCUUCGCCUAAAGUUUCCACUCCAUUUUGUUUGAUUCAGAAUCUGUUAUUAAUUCAUGUUUUACGCGACCAAGAUGCUUAG